CAUGAAUGGAGGAGGGGUUUAGCGGGGUUUCUCCUUUCUACCUCUCUCUUAUCCACUCGGUCCUUUCUAUACUUCCAUGGCUUCCACCACUUAUCCUCCCUACUCAAUAGCUCAGUUACCCAAUCCAUGGAGAAUUCCCCGAAUUCCCCUAUUAAAUAGUAAUAAUUCGCCCACAAGCUGUACGACUGAACUCAAUGUUUCGCAAAACCCACAAAUUCUUAGCAUUCACACUCUCAAACGAGCUAAACCUCUUCGUCCCUACGCGGUUUCUGUAUCUACAGAGGAAAAAUUGGCUCAAACCCAUGAUGACACUUCACAUUUGGGACCCAAUGGUUCGAUCAAGAUUCCUGAAGAGGAGCAGACCAGAAGAAUUAUUGUUCAGGACCCAAAUGGGGUUUCUUCCAUUUUCUUCAAAAACUUGUUCAGUAAAGCCACUGAGAUUCGAAGUGCUAAGUUCAGGAAUCGAGAGAACGAUGGGCAAAAGUACAGAUUGUUGAGGAAGAGGCAGGUGAUAGCUGAGACCCAGGCUUGGGAGAAGAUGGUUGAGGAGUACAGGGAGCUAGAGAGAGAGAUGUGUGAGAAGAAAUUGGCACCCCAUCUCCCUAGAGUGAAGAAACUCUUACUCUGCUGGUUUGAGCCACUGAGAGAUGCCAUAGAGAAGGAGCAGAAGACUCGGAGGACAAUGAAGCACAGGAAAGCUUUCUCCCCGUACAUUGACUCUUUGCCUGCUGAUAAAAUAGCAGUCAUUGUGAUGCAUCAGAUGAUGGCGAUGCUGAUGGCGGGUGGAAAAGAGUGUAGGUGUGUUCCGGUGGUCCGAGCUGCAGUGCAGAUUGGGAGUGCGAUUGAGCAGGAAGUUAGAAUUCAUAGUUACAUGGAGAAAGUGAUGCAAUUUGAGAGACAACCAACGGAAUCACCAAAUCAAGAGGAUCUAAACAAGGAUUCAGUGAUAUUAAGAAAGCGGAUGAAAUGGUUGAUUAAAAAGAACAGACUAGCUGAGUUGAAAAAAAUGUUGAAAGAUGAAGCAUUGGAGCCGUGGAGCCAAGAUACAAAGGCUAAGCUGGGAUGCCAUCUUAUAGAACUAAUAACAGAAACAGCUUAUGUGCAACCAGAAAUCCAUCAGUCUGAUAGCCCUCCUGAUAUUCGGCCUGCUUUCAGGCAUUUUUUCAAAGUUUCUGCCAAAGAUAAUGGGAAGAAUGCUGUGAAAAAGUAUGGUGUUAUAGAAUGUGAUCCCCUGGUUGUUGCUGGACCUGAUAUGGUUAAGCACAUGAUGAUUCCUUAUAUACCUAUGUUGGUGCCACCAAAGAAAUGGAAAGGGUUUGACAAAGGUGGGUACUUGUUCUUACCGUCAUAUGUGAUACGUACUCACGGAAGUUGGCAUCAUCGAAUUGUUCUUCGAAAUGCUCCAACGAAACACAUGGAAAAAGUAUAUGAGGCUCUAAAUACUUUAGGCAACACAAAAUGGAGAAUAAAUAAAAGAAUACUAAGUGUGGCAGAGAGUAUUUGGGCCGGUGGUGGCAAUAUGGCUGGCCUCGUGGAUUGCAAUGAUGUUCCCAUACCAGAGCUUGACUCUAAUGAUAUUGAAGAACUGAAAAGUUGGAAAUGGCGUGUGAUGAAAGCAAAAAGAGUUAACCGAGAGAGGCAAUCAUUAAGAUGUGAUAUUGAGUUGAAAUUUUCUGUGGCUCGGAAAUUGAAAGAUGAGGAAGGCUUCUAUUAUCCUCACAAUCUGGAUUUUAGAGGGCGUGCAUACCCUAUGCAUCCACACUUAAACCACUUGAAUUCUGAUCUCUGCCGAGGAAUCCUUGAAUUUGCUGAAGGACGACCUCUAGGAAAGUCUGGAUUACGCUGGCUGAAGAUUCAUUUAGCAAAUCUUUUUGCAGGAGGUAUUGAAAAGCUUGCGUAUGAUGCACGCCUGGCAUUCGUCGAAAAUCACAUUGAUGAUAUACUAGAUUCAGCCCAAUAUCCUCACACUGGAAAUCGUUGGUGGUUAAAAGCUGAAGAUCCAUUUCAGUGCUUAGCUGCUUGUAUUAAUCUAUCAGAAGCUUUGCGAAGCCCAUCACCACACACUGUCAUCUCCCACUUGCCAAUUCAUCAGGACGGUUCAUGCAAUGGCCUACAACACUAUGCGGCAUUGGGAAAAAAUAGUAGGGAAGCCGCAGCUGUCAACUUAGUUGCUGGAGAGAAACCCGCUGAUGUUUAUUCUGAAAUUGCUCGAAGGGCACAUGAUAUUAUAAAAGAAGACAGUCUGCAGGACUCCUCUAUUAAUCCCAAUGCUGUAAUUGCCAGAUUGAUAAUUAAUCAGGUAGAUAGGAAGUUGGUGAAACAGACAGUAAUGACUUCUGUGUAUGGUGUUACUUUUGCUGGGGCACGUGAGCAGGUCAAAAGAAGGUUAGAGGAGAAAGGUCUUAUUACUGAUGAUAAGAUGCUUUUUAGUGCUGCUUGCUAUGCUGCUAGGGUGACAUUAUCUGCUCUUGGGGAGAUAUUUCAAGAUGCACGCCAAAUAAUGAAUUGGCUUGGAGAUUGUGCAAAGGUGAUUGCUUCGCAAAAUCAACCUGUUCGCUGGACAACUCCACUUGGUCUUCCAGUGGUGCAACCAUAUUAUAAGAGUCAAAGGCAUGUGAUAAAAACUUCUCUUCAGGAGUUAGCUUUGAAGUGCCGUGUUAACUCCGUUGAUGUAAGGAAACAGAGAACUGCUUUUCCUCCAAACUUUGUGCACUCGCUUGAUGGUUCACACAUGAUGAUGACUGCCAUUGCUUGCAAGAAUGCAGGAUUGCAUUUUGCAGGUGUGCAUGAUUCUUUUUGGACGCAUGCUUGCGACAUUGACCAGAUGAAUCAAAUACUAAGAGAGAAGUUUGUGGAGCUAUACAGUGAUCACCCAGUUCUUGAAAAUCUUCUUGAAAGCUUUGAGGCAUCAUAUCCAGCAUUAACCUUCCCUCCUCUACCAAAACGAGGCGACUUCGAUAUGAAAGAAGUUCUAACGUCUCCAUAUUUCUUCAACUGAAACAUUUAUUCAUUAUGCUGAAGCCUUUCUGCAAGCACCCAUGGAGCAGUCCCUUUGGUACACAUAAAUUGUGAAGCCCUGCUGCAAGUCAUAGAGCUUCAUUUCAUCUGUGAACUGGAGUUGAUACGUAUUGCGCUCUAUGCACUCGGAAAGCUCUACUCGAGUCAGCUUUGAGAUUACAAAAACGGCUGGGGAAAAAAAUACGCAGUAUAUUCCCCUGAUGUAGCUACACAUUUAUAUGCUUCAGAAAUGCAUGUUUGGCACACUCUUUUGGGGAUGCAUGUAACAUUAUUGUAAUAUAGAGAGGGAAAGAAUGGGAAGAGACUCUUCUUGAAUGAUGUAAAUGGGCUGGCUGAUUCUCUAGCUUUUGUACACAUAGUAUAAACACUAUUGUAUGAUUUUUCUGGUAUAAAAUAAAAGAAAUAUAUGGGGUGGCACUUCCAACAAUUACUCCCUCCCCCCUCUACAAUAAAUCUUGCGUCUUAAU